GUUUCCGAAGCGAAACUGCGAAGCAUAUGAAACUUCUCGUGAACUCGAUCUGAACGAAGCAAAAACCAAAAACCAAAAACAAAAACGGAAGCCCCAGUAACCUCCAUUCCCAAAACGAAGACGAACACUGACCAGAAGGCGUAAGAGAGAGAAAGAAAAAUAAGAAGAAAAAAAGAAAAUAAACAACCAAGAGAGGAAUUCGUGUGAAAAUCUAGCGCGUAUUUGCUGAAAACUUUCCCCAUUAUACCUGCACGUGUCUGCUGGGGGGGAAUCGGCCGUGACGUCACACCCUCGCGUCGUCUGCAGCUCCCGGGUCACGUAGUCGCUGUGACGUCACCAUCGCGGGCGGGUACACCCAGGUCAAAGUGGCCGGGCCGUCAUUGCCUACCUGGACGUGGCGGCGAGAAGGUGUGCGCUCCAAGUACCUCCUUCGUGUACCUCCUUCGUGUACCUCCUUCGUGUACCUCCUUCGUGUACCUCCUUCGUGUACCUUCUUCGAGACUCGCCCUUGUGUCUCGUGGAGAAUUUUCUUGAAGUGUCGGUGAAGAAAGUGUAAUUGUUUGGAGAAGGAAAAUAAGGUGUUUCUUAACUCGAUAUAUAUUUUUUUUCCUUCGAAUAACGUGGUCAAGGAGUGUUAUCUGGAAUUCCUGGAAUUUUUUUGGAAUCUCCUUUCGAAGACAUCAGCAUGGGAAUCCUCAGAGUGAUGGCGGCCGGGAUGGUGCUGUUGGUGAUGGCUGAAGGCAGCGCCCUCCGCCAGCAGCCCCUCCAGCAGCUGGCCGGGAACGAGCUGCACCUCGCCCCCCACCCGCCGCUGCCCCUCGAGAACGGCAUCCACGACGACCACCCGAGCGCCAAGUUCUUCCAGGACAUGGUCGACCGGAACAUCGAGCUCACGGCCGUCGAGUCCCACUUGACGGAGCCUGGCAUCUCCGAGCCGAAGGAGGAGGUCAAGUCGGGGCUCUCGCAGGUUCCCGAGACGCCCGAGACUCCGAAGGCCGGGCUCUCGCAGGCUCCCGAGACGCCCGAGAAUCCGAAGGCCGAGAGCGAGGUUGCGAUCUCGACCUUCCCUCGACCCCAGACGAAGAAGGUCAUCGCCUUCCUCCUGCCCCGGAAGACGACCACCCCCGCCGACAAGCCCCACAGCCGCCAGAAGCGCUUCCUCACCAAGACGGGCAAGCUGAGGACCAUCGUCAUUCCCCUGAGCAUCUUCAACUUCCUCGGGUUCCUGCCCAUGCGCGUGCCCGGCCUGCCCUACCACAGCGAACUCCCGCCGCCAGACUACACCUACUACAACACCAUCCACGAACUGCCCCAGAGAAGAUACAAAUACUUCGAGAAAUAUUAUUAGUCGUUAUGCCAUCGCUGUGUAAAUAGUUCCCCCUCACUUGUUGUUAACCUGGAUAAAGUAUAGCUGUAGAUGAGUGUGUGAUAUAAUCUGCAAGAAUGAUGAAUGAAGAGAACAAGAGGAAAUCUGGACGAGCUUCGACUGACGAUAAAAAGAUGCAACUAAUCAACAAAAUUCGGAAGGGAAAUGCAGUGAAUAAAAGUUCUCGCAUUUCCAGCUAACAGUCGCUCCGUAUGGGUCUGCAGAUGCUCAGUAACGCAGGAAUAACGAACUCAGUGACAUAAGAAAUAUUAUAAACAGAAGACGUGAAGAUACUAAUUCUUAAACCCCUCACGAUGGCGACCAAGUCGUUUAUCGUCUUUUCAAAUACGAGUUUGAACUGUACAGUCUCUAAACUACUUCAAAACUCCAGAAAUACUGCACCGAUGGCUACAGAUUAAGCUACAAUAUCUCUCUGAUUUUAUCAUUUCCGAACUUUUUUGAUCUUGGAGCAUCAUCUUAAAUAAAAAAAAAUAAUACAUCUCAAAAACUGAGGAAAUUGUGAUGUUAAAUAAACAGAAGAAACGAGUGGAUGCCGAGAAACAAAAAAUAUCAACUAUGGAGACAAUGGAGGAAAUAGAAUAGUACCCCUGAUGUGAAAGGUAAGA